AUGGUGUGCGAGCGGGUGAAGGUCGACGACGUUUGGAUGGACGCCCAGCCGCUGGGGCAGAAGCUCAAGUUCCCGAAUGGACGGGCCGCACCAAAUCGGCUUUUGAAGUCGGCGAUGACCGAGAAGUUGGCCAGGUUCAGCGAGGAUCUGGCUGAACGCGGCACUCCCACCCCGCAGCUCGUCAACCUCUACGAGAAGUUUGGGCACGGCGGAUGGGGAUUGAUUUUGACUGGGAAUAUUAUGACGCAUCCGACAAACCUCGAAGCCGCCGGCAACGUCGUCGUCUGCAAAGAGAACGACAACCCGAAUUUCCACGGCAUGUUGCGCUACAUGGCCCAGGCAGGACGAUCGAAGGGAGCAUUGAUGAUUGCUCAAGUCGGAAAUGCCGGCCGCCAAACCCCGUACGCCAUCAACCCGAGCCCCAUGUCGGCGUCUGAUGUUCAAUUGGUUUUCCCCGCCGGGACCGGGAUGCGAUUCGGGAAACCACAGCCCCUGACGACUAGUGAGAUCAAGACCGAGGUGAUCGAUCGAUUUGUGUACGCCGCGCAGGCCUUGAAGAAUGCCGGCUUCGACGGCAUCCAGCUUCACGCCGCCCACGGCUACCUGUUGUCCCAAUUCUUGGCGCCGACGACGAACAAGCGCACCGACGAGUACGGCGGAGGCGCCGAAAAUCGAUUCCGCAUUGUCCGCGAGGUGUACCAGGCCAUUCGAUCCGCCAUCCCCGAAACCAGCGGCUUUCUCGUCGGCAUCAAGUUCAACUCGGUCGAGUUCCAGAAAGAUGGGCUGACGAUGCAGGAUGCCAAGACAAUGUGUGGAAUGAUUGAGGACCUCGGCUUCGACUUCAUCGAGCUGUCCGGCGGCACCUACGAGCACAUCGAGAUGCACCAUACCAGGGACUCGACGAGGGCCAGAGAGGCCUUCUUCUUGGAGUUUGCUGAUAAGAUCCGCCCGCUCUUCUCGAAAACGAAGGUCUACGUCACUGGCGGAUUCCGCACCGUACCCGGAAUGUGCAAAGCCCUGGCUUCAGAUGCUUGCGAGGGAGUGGGCAUUGCUAGGCCGGCGGCUCAAGAACCAGACCUGGCCAAAAAACUCCUUGAUGGUGUCGUCAAGUCGGCGGCCGACUCGAAGCUCGACCCGACUAACUUCAUCUUGGGCAUGAUUGCCGCCAACACCCAAAUGGCGCAGGCCAGCUGGACCCCAGUCAGCGCGUGCGAGGGGGAUAUUUGCCACGGUAUCGUCGACCUCAGCGACGCGAAGACGUUCGAGAAAUACAUGCAAGCCGCCCUCGUCUACAUCGGCGAGUUCAUCCAGGCCGCCGACAACGGCAAGGUGAUGGCCAAGGUGUUCGAGUUCAAGGAGGGACAGGAUGUGAAUGGGACUCAAGUC